CUCCCCCACCCGCCGCCGGGGUGCCCCAGGGAGCAGCGUCGCCCCCCGCCAGGCCUGUCAGAGCGUCCCAGCGCGCCCGCCUCCCCACGGACACAGGUGAGCGAGGCGCCGGUGCCCCCGGCCCUGCCAGGCCUGGGGGUAUCCCCGCGCUGGCUUUGGGGGACCCUCCCCCAAGCGCCAAGCCUUCUCCCGGGCGAGCGGCCCCUCGGCCGGCCGGGAGGGGUGUCGGCGCUUGGCUGGAAGUGGGGCCGCCUCACCCGGAGUCGGGAUGGGUCUUGACAGGAUGCCUGGGCAACGCUGCUCACACCGAGCCCGAAGUGGAGUCCUGGUUUCGGGGACCCCUCGGCACUCCGAGCUUUGCACCUCACCCGGCCUCGUCCGGGAAAGCGCGACCUGACGAGGCCGCCCUGACCCCAGGUCCCGGCCCCUUAGUGCGCCAGCCUCGGUGAGCUGGGCAAAGCCCCCCAGCCUGGUCCCGGCGGCUUUGAGCGCGCGGCCACGGGGACCCGCCAGGAGCCCAGAGGACCCGCCGGGGACUCCGCGCCACUUGAGAGGACCGAGCCCCCCAUCCCCGGCUCCUCCCGCGGGCUGAGACCCCGGGCCAGUGCCCUCGGCACGUGCCUCUGCGCCUCGGGCUCCUCCCGGGAGCAGAGCCGUGGGGACCAGGGCCGCGGCCUCCCUGCGCGUCGCGGGGACUGGGCAAGUGUGGCCCCGUCCCGCCAGGCACCUGGGGUGGAAGCUGCGCUCCGCCACUCGGCCAGGCCCCGGGCUUUCCUUCCUCGCCGUCCGCGCCCCCAGACUCCUGCCGCUCGAACCCCGACUUAAGAGGCAGCCUCGACCCCGCCUCUGCCUUCUGACCCAUCCCUAAAGAUGGCCGGGCACCCCUACAGGACCCCCAGAAGCCGACCUCUCCCUCCACGUGCGCCGCCGCCUCGCCCCUCCUCGCAGUCCUCCAGGUCUUCUUCCUGUCCCCAACCGUCGGGGACCCCCAAGCUCCGUCCUCCCCUUCCUACUCUCUUCAUCCCGCCCCCGCUCCUUCUGGGCCAACGCCGCCAGUGACUAUUCCCAGGGAUCCCUCAGAGCUGAGGACGCCGCGGCCGCAUCCCCAUUUGGGACCUUGCCCCGACUCCGACCCCCGGAUCUCCAACUCCACCAAACCUCGAAGCCGCCAUCCGCCCCCAAACUGCCGCUGCGCCAGGCUUUCGGAGGGGAGUCAUGGCAACAGCCAUUAGGAUGCACUAAGCAGGGCACUUUCUGAGCCCAAGGACACCGAGGGGCAUUCACUGAGUGAAUGGGGAUGUGCUGCUAAUAACUAACACUGACCACCUGCCGUGUGCUCAUCCUCUUCGAACAUGCAACUUCCUUGUUCCUUAUCUUGUUACUGUCUCUUUCUCUCUGCCAGAAUCUAAUCCUCACGAGGGCAGGGACUGGGGUCUGUUUUGUUAACUGCCAUACCACAAUGCCUGGCACGAAGGAAGAUUCUUGAAUUAAUGAAUGGAGAUUAAAUUAUAAUUUAAAAGCCUGGCAUGAACUGAGCACCUUCUCCAUGCUUAUCACCCGCUACUGACAUAUAGUUCACUUUUUUUUUUUUUUUGAGACAGAGUUUUGCUCUUGUCUCCCAGGCUGGAGUGCAAGUGGCAUGAUCUCAGCUCACUGCAACCUCCACCUCCCGGGUUCAAGCGAUUCUCCUGCCUCAGCCUCCCUAGUAGCUGGGAUUACAGGCGUCCGCCACCACGCCUGGCUAAUUUUUUGUGUUUUUAGUAGAGACGGGGUUUUGCAAUGUUGGGCAGGCUGGUCUCGAACUCCUGACCUCAGGUGAUCCACCCGACUCGGCCUCCCAAAGUGCUGGGAUUACAGGCAUGAGCCAUUGCGCCCGGCCCACUUUUUUACCUAGUUUGUUGUCUCUCAUCCCGACCAGAAUAUAACCUUUGUGAGGGCUACAGUUUGUUGUCUAUUUAUUGCCCACCUCCAUGUCCUUGCCACACAGUAGGUUCCCAAUAAAUGUAUGUUGAAUAAUUAAUAAAUAAAGACUACAUUCUAAUGAUAAUGGCUAACAGACCACGUGAUUUACAUAUUUAUUUGGUUUAUUGUAUUAUCUGCCUCUGCCUUUUAGAACAUAAACCUUCUGGGGGUGGGAAUGUUGAGUCCCUACUGUCUGGCAGGCACUGUGCUGGGCUGGGGUUCAAUGGUGACCAAAACCGGCAAAAUCCUGCCCUCCCUCCGUCAUGGGGAGGAACUGCUAAUGGGCAUGGGGAUUUUUUUCCGGGUGAGGAAAAUGUUCUAAAAUUUAGUUAUGGUGAUAGUUGCACAACUUCAUGAAUAUGCUUUUAAAACCCGUUAAAUUGGACACUAGCUGGCUGAACUUGAUGGGAUGUAAAUUACAUCUCAAUAAAGCUGUUUGGGAAAUCCAGCCUUCACAGUUGUUGAUUUGUGUGAGGAGGGACGGAGAGAUGGGGGGACAUGGGACAGGGAGAAAACAACAUAAAUCAUAUAUAUAUAGCACACAAAUUAGAAGGUGAUCAGCACACAAUAGGCAUUCAAUAAAUGUUGAAAUAAUGACACCCCACUGUCUCCUUGCCCUCAAAUGGUCUCCCCUAAUGUAUCCCCUGUUGUCUUGCUUCUUCUCUUCCCACUUGCAGAGCCUGCUGCCCACGUCUCUUCCCUGAGCUGCCUGCUGGGGUCAUGGAGCUGCCAACAAAGCCUGGCACCUUCGACCUGGGCCUGGCCACAUGGAGCCCUUCCUUCCAGGGGGAAACCCACCGGGCUCAGGCACGCCGCAGGGAUGUUGGCAGGCAGCUGCCUGAGUACAAGGCUGUGGUGGUGGGCGCCAGUGGCGUGGGCAAGAGUGCGCUGACCAUCCAGCUGAACCACCAGUGCUUCGUGGAGGACCACGACCCCACCAUCCAGGAUUCCUACUGGAAGGAGUUGACCCUGGACAGUGGGGACUGCAUUCUGAAUGUGCUGGACACAGCAGGGCAGGCCAUCCAUAGGGCCCUGCGUGACCAGUGCCUGGCUGUCUGUGAUGGUGUGCUGGGCGUCUUCGCUCUCGAUGACCCCUCGUCUCUGAUCCAGCUGCAGCAGAUAUGGGCCACCUGGGGCCCUCAUCCCGCCCAGCCCCUUGUCCUCGUGGGCAACAAGUGUGACCUUGUGACCACUGCUGGAGAUGCUCAUGCCGCUGCUGCAGCCCUCGCACACAGCUGGGGGGCCCACUUCGUGGAGACCUCAGCCAAAACACGGCAAGGCGUGGAGGAGGCCUUUUCCCUGCUGGUCCAUGAAAUCCAGAGGGUCCAGGAGGCCAUGGCGAAGGAGCCCAUGGCAAAGUCCUGUAGGGAGAAGACCCGGCACCAGAAGGCCACCUGCCACUGUGGCUGCUCCGUGGCCUGAAGGUCUUGGCCAAGAGAUGUAGACCUUCCCCCAGGCCAGGGUGAUUGUUCAUUUGACAUGAGACCCCUGAGGCAACUAGCUUUGAGAGACACAUCUGGUAUACUAGGGAAAGAUGGGCACCUCUCUUGUUUUCACUUGGUGAGGGGCUUUUUGGUAACAUGGGAGUGCCUAAUGUUGCUUUUGUUAUGUCAAGUUGAGAGAUUUUGUGCAAAAUUAAAUAAAUGGUGUUUUGGGUUUCAAA